AUGACCUACGUCUCAAAUGAUCCCAGUUACUGGCCGUAUAUCAAUUUCAUUAUUCUUUUAAGCUAUUGGACAGUUGCUGCUGGCAUCGUGGUGGUAUAUGAUUGGGUCUUAACGCUCGGAAAAGAGAUUGAACUCAUCUGGAGACAACGCUGGUCUCUCAUGACCGUGCUGUAUUUGACUAUACGCUAUAUUGGAAUACCAUAUUCUGUUGUCAAUCUUCUGCGCAAUAUCACGUACUACGCAAUAAAUGGCACAAUUUUGGCCAUGAAUGCCAUGUUGGCCGUGAUCAUGAUUGCUCGUUUGUAUGCCAUGUAUCAGGGAUUUAAAAAGAUGCUUAUGUUCCUUGUUAUUAUCUUCCUGGCUGUAAACAUCGCCUGCGGAGUAAUUGGGGCAAUAGGAAUAAACAAUCUUGUACUCGAGGAAUUCAUACUCUCGGGCAUGCAUGCAUGUUUUUCUGUGGUUGGGUACAACCAGCUUCUUCUUUCAAUGAUUUGGAUUCUCAACACUGCAUGGGAGGUCCUCGCAUUGUGUCUUUCAGUCUGGGUUGCUGUAAAACACUUCCGUGAGCUGCGACGACUCGGCCCAUCGACAGGAUCGACCAUCGGGGACUGUUUCAGAGUGCUGAUACAAUCCCACGUUCUUUAUUUUGCAAGCUUUGUUGGUGUCUCUGUCCUCCAGCUUGCUUUACUAUUUCCAGAAAUCUUGAAUUCGAGUUCUAUUGGAUUUUCGAUACUCGGAGGUACUCUUCAAAUUUUAUCCGUUGCGCAGAGGUUUGUGCUGGGACCACGCCUCAUCCUGAGCGUUCGAGAAUACCACGCCAAACUCGUGGCAGGCUCGGACACAGGAACUAGCAUGAAUUCGAUUGUUUUCCAGGAGCAUGUACAUGUAUCGACUAGUAGUACUAUGUAG